CGCUGACCGAGGCCAUCUUCCCACGCAGCAAUGGCACCUACGCUUGCUACCGCCCAUCGCCGGCGCUGGUGGAUGGCGUUCACAGCCAUCAUUGAGAACCUGCUCUUCUCUGCUGUCCUGCUGGGCUGGGGGUCCCUCCUCAUCAUGCUGAAAGCAGAAGGGUUUUAUUCCUACCUGUGCCACGAGUCAGGUAAGGAUGGUCUGGAGACUUGUGUGAAUAACCCUGAACACGAGAACAGCACAGCUGCAGAGCACAAAUGGCCUUCCUGCAACGCCCAGGAUGAAAUGCUGAACUUGGCCUUCACCAUUGGGUCCUUCCUGCUCAGUGCGAUCACGCUGCCCCUGGGAAUUGUCAUGGACAAGUACGGCCCUCGCAAGCUGCGGCUGCUUGGCAGUGCCUGCUUUGCUGUGUCCUGUGUGCUGAUCGCGUACGGUGCCAGUAACCCAGACUCUCUGUCUGUGCUCAUAUUCAUUGCGCUGGCUCUGAAUGGCUUUGGUGGGAUGUGCAUGACCUUCACAUCGCUUACGCUGCCCAACAUGUUUGGUGACCUUCGUUCCACGUUCAUUGCUCUGAUGAUUGGCUCUUAUGCUUCCUCUGCUGUGACUUUUCCAGGAAUCAAGGUUAUAUAUGACUUUGGGGUCUCCUUCAUCCUUAUUCUGCUUGUCUGGGCAAGCUGUGCAGGACUAGUUUUCCUCAACUGUUUCUUCAAUUGGCCACUGGAGCCUUUCCCAGGACCAGAAGACAUGGACUAUUCGGUGAAAAUAAAGUUCAGCUGGCUGGGAUUUGACCACAAAAUCACUGGGAAGCAGUUUUACAAGCAAGUAACGACUGUGGGGCGCCGUCUUAGUGUGGGGAGCUCCAUGAAGGGCCCCAAGGAGCCGACAGCCUUGCAAGAGAACAACAAGCUCUGUCUGUCUACGGUGGACCUAGAAGUGAAGUGCCAGCCUGACAACACAGCUUCUCCUUCCUUCAUGAAGAGUGUCUUCAGUCCUAUCUUGUUGCUCAGCCUUAUCACCAUGUGUGUCACUCAGCUACGGCUCAUCUUCUACAUGGGAGCCAUGAAUACCAUCCUUGAGUUUCUGUCUGGAGAUGAAGAUCAAGUGGCUCUCUACACUUCCAUUUUUGGGGUAUUGCAACUGCUGUGCUUGCUGACAGCGCCUGUGAUCGGGUACAUCAUGGAUUGGCGACUGAAAGAAUGCGAUGAUGGCUUAGAAGAGAAUGAGGAGAGCAACGCUGAGCGAAGUGACAAGAAAAAGAAAAAACGUGAUCGUCGGAUCCAGAAAAUCACCAAUGCCACCAAUGCCUUUGCGUUCACAAAUCUCCUGCUGGUUGGAUUUGGAAUCACCUGUCUUAUUCCUAAUCUACCGUUGCAGAUUCUUUCCUUCAUUUUGCACACAAUCGUGAGAGGAUUCAUCCACUCAGCUGUGGGAGGCCUCUAUGCAGCUGUAUACCCCUCUACUCAGUUUGGCAGCUUGACAGGGUUGCAGUCGUUGGUCAGUGCCCUUUUCGCCCUUCUGCAGCAGCCUCUUUUUAUGGCAUUGACGGGACCUUUGGAAGGAGAUCCUCUCUGGGUGAACGUUGGCUUGCUUGGCAUGAGCUUACUGGGUUUCUGCCUUCCAAUCUACCUGGUCUGCUACAGACGCAAGCUAGAGAGAGAAAAAAAACAGAAGAUGGAUGAUGCCAAACUUUUCUUCAAAAUCAAUGGCACUCCUAAUGAGGAAGCCUUUGUUUAAACUGGUGCUUCAAAUACAACCUCCCCUGUACAGGUUCCUACCACAUCCGUGGGUUCUACCUGUGGUAUAAGCCAGGCUUUUUCUCUCCUGGCUCUACCAGUCUUUGCUCAUCACUGGAGUGAGGGACGGACAUCAUGACUGAGCUUUGCUCAGAUAUAUGGCAGGAGGAGACUUCCCACUCCUUACUCCAGAACACAGGACACUUUUCCUUUUUAUAAAGGCCACGCAGAUAUUGUGUCUUAAAUUAUCUCCUGAUCACACUCUCCAGCAGCAGAGUCUCUGCAUAGAAAGUUGGGGAGAGAGGGAAUAGAGGGAUGGGGGAAGAGGGAAGAAAGGUAAUUUGAGGUUUGCAAAUGUAACACACUGAAGUCUGUUUUCUCCCCCUCUUCCCCCAGCCUUGGCUGACAUUGUCUCAGAUGCAAGCUGCACUCUCCUCCCUCCCUGAGGCUUCAUAAUGGUCUUUCUGCUUGAUGUGUAGCUGGACCCAGUGGUUUUACUGUCUAUCCAGACAUACCCCAGACUGUUUCUGAGGCAGGGAAGGGGAUUUUAUUCCUAUGUGUACAAGCACAGCUUCAGUGUAUUGCUAAAUGUCGGCUGCUAGCACUGACAGCUCCCAAACCUUUUAUUAUUGCAAAUGACACAGACUGUGAGCAAUGGAUCUGCCUUCCACACUGAAAUGAAGAGCCUAGCGGACUGCUUGGUCCUAGACGAAGCCUUCAAAGGCCUGGAAUUCCUCUUCUUCCCGGCCCGCAAAGUGUUUUAAACUGUCUGCAGUCCUGGAACCUUUGAGAUAGGAAUUGGAUCUUGUUUACUGAUGAAGUGCUUUGAGACUUGUUGCCUUUUGCUUCCUCUUCCCUCCGACAUGACCCUGGGAGGGGAGCAGCAGCGUGUAUUUAGUAAAGCAGAGAAGCUUCUUGAAGCUGAGUUCUGGGGCUCCGAAUACCUUGGUGUUCAUAUGUCAUGAGCUGACUUGCUGUUGAAAAGCAUCAAGAGUGCAGAACACUCCUUUGUGUCUGGUAACUGGAUCCUGUGGACAUAUGGUAGGGUGAUGUGGUGAUGUAAAUCUUCCUCUAGCCAUAGCUAAUUUACGUUGUUCUGAUAAUAGCCCCCAAGCUGCUGAACACCAGGUUACUGUGACUGACCAAAAAGCUGCCGGUUUGGCUGUGUUAAGAGCCUUCUACGAUGCUGAUGCUCUGUCUGGACAGAGUACGUGGUGAUUGUAUGGUGAAGCUGACUUACAGAGCAAUACAUGUGGGUAAAGGUGCUCCAGGCCUGUUCACCAUGGAGGGAAUACAAAGGGAAUUCUUAACCUACUUAUUUUUAUAGAGGUUUUCCUAAGUCUUGUCUAAAGUCGACUUUUCCGCCCUUAACCUUCUUGUGGAGGUCGGUAGCUCGGCCUCUGUAGUCUU